CAAACCCGGAACACGUUGUUCGCUCUCGUUGCAUCAGACGGAGGAGUCGCUGAGAGGACUCAUGUGGCACUGCUGUGUAUGCUAAUCUAAGCUGACGUCUCUGUCAAUUUCAUUGAAAGAGAUGGCCACACUCUACGUGUCCCCUCACCCUGAUGACUUCAGGAGCCUUCUGGCUCUAAUAGCUGCAGAGUUUUAUCCUUUCUCAAACUUGAACAUCAUCACAGAGGACCCCCCUGCUUCCGUAAAUGCCCGCUCCAGACCAACCCUGGUGCUGGAUGCAGGGGAAGGUGACUCUGUCCUGAAUGGGGCCACAGCUGUGUCCUGGUACCUGGCCUCACAGGGGAAGAGGACGGGCUUAGAUGCAAAACAGCAGUCUCAGGUGUGGCAGUGGCUCAGCUUUGCAGACAAUGAACUCACUCCAGUCUCCUGCGCGGUGGUCUUUCCUCUAAUGGGGAUGAUGGGAGUGGAUAAGAAGCUCCAGCAGAAUUCCCGUGCAGAGUUGAUGCGUGUCCUGAAGGUUCUUGACAAGGCGCUGGAACCAAGGACCUACUUGGUGGGACAGAUCAUCACGUUGGCUGAUUUUGCUGUAGCUGCAGCUGUUCUUCUGCCUUUUAAAUAUGUGUUGGAGCCAGCAGACAGGAAAGUCCUGAUCAAUGUCACCAGGUGGUUCACAACCUGCAUAAAUCAGCCCAGGUUCCUUAAGGUGUUUGGGAAGAUCACCCUUUGUGAGAAGAUGGUGCCAGUUACUCCGAAGACAAAAGCUGCUGCAACACCUAUCAAAGCUAAAGCUGCCAAGGCCUCUCCUGCUGUUGAAUCAGACGGUGCUAUAACUAAUGGCCCACCAAAGACAGAAGCUCAGCUGAAAAAGGAAGCGAAGAAGAGAGAAAAGCUGGAAAAGUUCCAGCAGAAGAAGGAAAUGGAGGCUAAGAAGAAGACACAGCCACCAGCAGAGAAAAAGGCUAAACCAGAGAAGAAGGAGAUUGGUGUGAUCACAUAUAAUGUCCCCACUGCUCCUGGAGAGAAAAAAGAUGUCAUCAGUCCUCUCCCUGACUCCUAUAGUCCUCAGUAUGUGGAGGCUGCCUGGUACCCAUGGUGGGAGAAGCAGGGAUUCUUCAAACCAGAGUAUGGGAGGAAGAGUAUCAGUGAGAAAAACCCUCAUGGCAUCUUCAUGAUGUGCAUCCCUCCACCUAAUGUGACCGGAUCACUUCACCUGGGUCAUGCCCUCACUAACGCCAUCCAGGAUUGUCUUACCAGAUGGCACAGGAUGCGGGGCGAGACCACCCUGUGGAACCCGGGCUGUGAUCACGCUGGUAUCGCCACCCAGGUUGUGGUGGAGAAGAAGCUGAUGAGAGAGAGGGGUAUGAGCCGUCAUGAUCUGGGCAGGGAAAACUUUAUCCAGGAGGUCUGGAAAUGGAAGAACGAGAAGGGAGACCGCAUCUAUCACCAGCUGAAGAAGCUGGGCUCCUCUCUGGACUGGGACAGAGCCUGCUUCACUAUGGACCCUAAACUGUCGUAUGCAGUUCAAGAGGCCUUUAUCCGCAUGCAUGAGGAGGGGGUGAUCUACAGGAGCAAAAGGCUGGUUAACUGGUCGUGCACGCUAAACUCUGCCAUCUCUGACAUUGAGGUGGAUAAGAAGGAGCUCACAGGCAGGACUCUGCUGCCUGUGCCCGGUUACAAAGAGAAAGUGGAGUUUGGAGUUCUGGUGUCUUUCGCCUACAAAGUGGACGGUUCAGAUGAGGAGGUGAUUGUGGCAACAACUCGUAUUGAGACGAUGCUCGGAGAUACCGCUGUAGCUGUCCACCCUGCUGACCCCAGAUACCAGCAUCUGAAGGGUAAAAUGGUGCUGCAUCCCUUCUGUGACCGCAAAAUGCCGGUUGUGUUUGAUGACUUUGUGGACAUGAACUUUGGAACAGGUGCUGUCAAAAUCACCCCAGCUCACGACCAUAAUGACUACGAGGUUGGAGUGAGACACAAUCUGGCCUUCAUCAACAUCUUGGAUGAGAAUGGCCUGCUCAUUAACGUGCCUCCUCCAUUCCUGGGCAUGAAGCGAUUUGAGGCCAGGAAGGCAGUGCUGCAGGCGCUCAAGGACAGAGGCCAGUUUAAAGAGAUCAAAGACAACCCUAUGGUGGUCCCGGUCUGCAGCCGUUCCAAGGACAUAGUGGAGCCGCUGCUGAAGCCUCAGUGGUAUGUGAACUGCACAGAUAUGGGGAAACAGGCUGCAGACGCUGUGAGGGAGGGACGGCUCAAAAUCAUCCCUGAUCACCACCUCAAGACAUGGUUCAACUGGAUGGACAACAUCAGGGACUGGUGCAUCUCUCGGCAGCUGUGGUGGGGUCACCGUAUUCCUGCAUACUUUGUCACUGUCAACGAUGCCUCUGUGAAACCAGGAGAGGACAUGGAUGGUCAUUACUGGGUGAGCGGGAGAUCAGAGGUGGAAGCCAGAGAGAAAGCAGCAAAACGCUUCAAUGUGUCUGUUGACAAGAUUAGCCUCCGACAGGAUGAGGAUGUUCUGGAUACUUGGUUCUCUUCUGGCAUUUUCCCUUUCUCCAUUUUCGGUUGGCCUAAUGAGAACCAGGACCUGAACGUCUUCUACCCUGGCACCUUGCUGGAAACGGGCCAUGACAUCCUGUUCUUCUGGGUCGCUCGAAUGGUGAUGAUGGGCCUCAAACUGACCGGCAAGCUGCCCUUCAAGGAGGUGUAUCUGCACGCUGUAGUGAGGGAUGCCCACGGAAGAAAGAUGAGCAAAUCUCUGGGCAACGUCAUUGACCCUCUGGACGUCAUUACAGGGAUCUCCCUGGAGGGUCUUCAUGCCCAAUUGACGGACAGCAACUUGGACCCAGUGGAGGGGGAGAAGGCAAAGCAGGGCCAGAAGUCAGACUACCCAAAUGGCAUCCCAGAGUGUGGCACAGAUGCUCUCCGGUUUGCCCUGUGUGCCUACACCAGCCAAGGUAGGGACAUAAACUUGGAUGUCAACCGCAUUCUUGGUUACCGUCACUUCUGCAACAAACUGUGGAACGCUGUGAAGUUUGCCAUGAAGACACUUGGAGACAACUUUAUACCAUCAGAGAAAGCCCAGUUGUGUGGAGAGGAGAGUGUAUCAGACAGGUGGAUCCUGUCUAGACUCAGUGCUGCUGUCGCUCUCUGUGAUGCCGGCUUCAAGGCCUACGACUUCCCUGCCAUCACCACCGCCAUCUACAACUUCUGGCUGUAUGAGCUUUGUGACGUCUAUCUGGAAAGUGUGAAACCAGUGUUCAGUAAAGCUGACGGAGACAGCAGUAGCCAGAGACAGGCCCUGGUGUGCAGACAGACCCUUUACACCUGUUUAGAAGUCGGUCUCCGCCUUCUGUCUCCCAUGAUGCCCUUUGUCACUGAGGAGCUCUACCAGAGGUUACCAAGGCGACAACCUCAGAGUGAUCCCCCCAGCAUUAGCGUCACAUCUUACCCAGAAAGCAAUGAGUUCUGCUGGCACAGUGAGGAGGUGGACAGUGAGAUGGACUUUGUGAUGACUGUGGUUAAGACGAUCCGGUCCCUGAGGGCAGACUACAACCUAACAAAGACGAGAGCUGACUGCUAUCUCCAGUGUAUUGACUCCAGCACUGCGUCCCUGGUGCAGAAAUAUAGUCUGCAGAUUCAGACCUUGUCUUAUUCUCAGGCUGUCAUACCUCUGACAGCAAACCAGCCUGUCCCAGAAGGCUGUGCUGUAGCUAUCGCCUCUGACAGAUGUACCGUCAACCUUAUGCUCAAGGGUCUCAUUGACGUGGAGAAGGAAGUGGCUAAGCUGACGACAAAGAAAGGUGACUUAGAGAAACAGAUGGAGAAACUGAAAGAGAAAAUGGCAAAGAGUGACUACAAGGAGAAGGUGCCGGUGAAGGUGCAGGAGCAGGAUGCAGAGAAGCUACGGCAGAGCCAAACUGAGCUUGAGAAAGUGAAAGAGGCCAUGGAAAACUUCAGGAAAAUGAUGUAACCUCCAUCUAAAGAAUUAUGUAAACCACAAUUUUUCUCCACUUUUUCAUGUCAGUGUAUCCGUUUUCAUUUUUCGAGUCGAUUGUUGUAUGAAGGGAAUUAAAUAAAGCUCUUAUGACUGUC